AUCACUACAUUUAGUGUCAUGGCGGCGCCCGGUGAUCAUGUUUUCUUCCGUAUGUCGUCACAUUAACUAGCGCUGUAAUCGUUGUCAUAGGCUCAAAAGACAGGAAAAGAAGAAAAUGUCGAGUAAAGUGAAACUUGUACUCACACACGGCAGGGUGUUUGUCUGGAAUGCAGAAGAUGUUCGCAUUUUGCGUGAAGAUUAUCGCAUUGUUGGCACAUUGGUUGGAUGUCUUCCUCGUGCCCCUCGUCAGAAUGUCCAUCUUGGACUACCCGUGCAGCUGAUGCCUGAAGAAACUCAACUACUUCUCAGUAAAGGUGUUGUGGAGCUAGUUGAUGGUGGAAGUCUUCCAGAGCCAGAUGAGAAGAAAGCCGAAACAUUCAGAAAUAUGCGAACAGAAAAUUAUGAGGGACAGAUUGAAUCCUUCAGACAAGAUCGGAAACGGGAAAUUUACCGCCACAUGAGUAAAAUAAAAGAAGGCAAGAAAGCAAAGAAGCAAAAGGUAUUGGAGGAGAGGAGAAAAGCAGGGGAGAAAAUAGCGCAGGAAGAAGAAACAGAGGAAGAGUUUAAUGUGGAGCAGAUUUCAAUUCCUGCCAUAGCAGAGGACAACUCCAUGGUUCAGAUUUUCACUGAGAGUCCGUGGCAAGAUGUGCUCCAGCCAGUGACAGAUGAAUGGAAGUAUCCCCAGUCAGAGCAUGAACGCCUCCGAAGUCAGGUGUUCUCACACCUGUGGGGCAGAGGCUACUACAUGACUGGGGGAGGGAAGUUUGGAGGAGACUUCCUUGUAUACCCAGGUGACCCAUCACGCUUCCAUUCAUUCUACAUCGCUAUCUGCAAGCUCCACCAAGUGAAGCUAACUGCUUUGGAUAUCAUAUCCAUGGGUCGACUGGGAUCUAAUGUCAAGAAGACUGUUCUACUUUGCUCUAUAGACAGUGAGGAUAAAGUUGUGUGUACAUCACUGCAGUGGACCGGCAUCAGUUGAUCACCUGUGUCCUGUGUUAGUGGGAUGAAGAUUGUCUUCAGUAGUCAUUCCUGGAUGCCUUGACUGACACGAUUUCCUGAACAUAUGAAAUAUUAGUCACUGUCUGUGUAUUUUCACCAAAGUUGUGAUACAAUAUGUCCACAUGGGUGCCAGUAUAUUAAAUACAGUGAUAGAUGAAGAUCUGGGGUAGAAUAGGUCUUCAGCUUCCCAUACUUGCCGUAAUGGGUGACAAUGCUUGUCGUAGGAGGUGAAUAACAAAUUUGGGUGGUCAGGCAUCGUAUCCCAAUUGCGUGGAUGGA